AUGUCAACAGCUAGUCUCACUAAGCCUGAGCUUCUCACUUUACUUCAGGGUAUCUUUGCUCAACACUCAGAACUCAAACAAUCUAUUCCUGGGCUACUUCCAAAACCCACAAUUGAAGCUAUCACCAACAUACUAGUGGGGUUUGAGAGUCAGCUCUUGGAAUCAAUUCCUGACAAGCGCACUAACCAAGAGGAAUACAUAUGGAACCGAGUUCAAUGUGUAUUCCAAAAGAGCAAAUCUGGUAUUGAACAAUCCCAAAUCCACAUGACAGUCUUGAAUCAUUUCAGUGUUCUGCACUUACUCACAAGAAGUGGUUUUGGUUGCAAACUUGUUGUCAUCACAACCAUUCCACUAAUGUCCACUGCAAGUCCAGAGCCAGUGGAUCUGUCUGAAGACAAGUGGCUUCCACCAGACAACGAUAUAUCAAGUGUUUCCAGCAAUUGUUCCAACAAAUCCAUGAUUGAUCAUGAUCUGCCUUCCAGCUCUACUAGAAACAAAUCAGCCAGCUCUUGCGCAUCAGCUUGUUGGUCUAUUCCCUCGGAUUCUCCACCUGCCUCCUUCAGCCACUCACCCAAACUUGAAGAAUUCACUACUGCAGGCAAAAGUGCUUUCAAUGAAGAUGAACAAGGACCUCACCUGCCGACCAAAUAUUAUCGACUCACACACUCAUUAGCAGAUACUAACCAUAAACUCAAACUUGUGACCGAGGAUUUGACAGUCUUAUGGCAGGUUGUGAGACAAAUUGUCAAUGGUAAACCAACCCCCGCACCUCCCAAAAAACACAAGGAGGAAGGUCUACGGGCUGAUACAUCAUUCCACAAGACACUGCCAGCAACCGACAAGGAUCAACAGGCUUGGAAGACUGAUGUUGACCUUAAAAAUCUUGAGCCACGUCUCUCAGCCAGCCCCUGA